GACAAAUCUCUUACUCUAUACAGCAUUACUCGACAACUUUUACAGUAGAUUGUGCAAAUUUUGUAAAACAAAAGCCGAAAUAUCUGAUUUAACCAUUAAAUUAAGCAACAUAAGGAGUAAUUAUAGUCACCAUGACGGUAACAGAAACCAACGUAAAGGACACAGAAAUGGAGGUUGAUCCCACUGACGAUUCAACGGCAUCAACAAAAGAUCAGGAUGUCGUGCAUAUUUUGGAAAUCCGUGAGCACAUAAGAAAAAUUGAUAAAGCGGUCAUAAGCAAUGAAUACCGCUUUAUUGCAAGAGUGCUAAGAACUCUACCCAGUACCAGACGUAAACUAAACGCUAUUGUUCUACGCUUUUUAUCCACCAUUGUCUAUCCAGCUGGAGCUGAUCGUGAAGCUGCGUUGGCUUUUGCACCAGCGCUUGCUGCUGGUGCUCAGGAACCUAAAAUCCCAAAAGUACGCCUAGCCACAACUGCACCGAUAAUAGAAAUUGAUGCAUAUUAUCAUUUGCUGCUUUUGGUCAAGCUUAUAGAUGACAAUGAGCUUGAGAAGGCAUCCGCGUGUUCUGAUGCUUUGCUGGCAAAGAUACAAGGUCAAAACCGUCGCAGUUUAGAUUUAAUUUUGGCAAAGUUCUAUUUUUAUCAUUCGCGCGUUGCAGAAUUGACUAACAACCUUGAGGCAAUUCGUCCUUUCUUACAUGCCCGUUUACGAACUGCUACUCUGCGCAACGAUUUUGAAGGCCAGGCAGUUCUUUUAAACUGUUUAUUACGUAAUUAUCUGCACUAUUCUCUUUACGAUCAGGCAGAUAAAUUAGUGAAGAAAUCAGUAUAUCCUGAAUCUGCCAAUAACAACGAAUGGGCUCGAUUCUUAUAUUAUUUAGGUCGCAUUAAAGCUGCUAAAUUGGAAUACAGUGAUGCGCACAAACAUUUGGUGCAGGCUUUACGCAAAGCUCCUCAAACUGCCGCAGUUGGUUUCCGGCAAACUGUUCAAAAGUUAAUUAUUGUUGUCGAAUUGUUGCUGGGUAACAUUCCCGAACGACAAGUAUUCCGGCAAGCCGCUUUAAGAAAGUCUUUGGCUCCAUACUUCCAACUUACCCAGGCGGUACGUUUGGGCAAUCUAAAGAGAUUUGGCGAAGUUGUGGAAAAUUUUGGUCCCAAAUUCCAACAGGAUCAUACUUAUACACUAAUUAUACGUUUGCGCCACAAUGUUAUCAAGACUGCAAUUAGAUCCAUUGGUCUGUCGUAUUCACGCAUAUCACCAGCUGAUAUCGCUAAACGUCUUAUGUUGGACUCUCCCGAAGAUGCUGAAUUUAUUGUGGCAAAAGCUAUUAGAGACGGUGUCAUUGAGGCCACCCUAGAUCCUGCCAAUAACUAUAUGCGCAGCAAAGAAAGCACAGAUGUCUAUAGUACACGGGAACCACAAUUGGCCUUCCAUGAACGUAUAUCGUUUUGCCUUAAUUUGCACAAUCAAAGUGUUAAGGCUAUGCGUUAUCCACCAAAGUCAUAUGGUAAAGAUUUGGAGAGUGCUGAGGAACGCCGAGAACGCGAACAACAAGACUUGGAAUUGGCCAAGGAGAUGGCAGAAGAUGAAGAUGACGGUUUCUAAAUUAUUGUUUUUACUUUAAAAUUCUUUGCAACAUUUUUUCAUUGCCCAUAUUCUGUAGCUUAGAAGUUGUGCUUUAAUCUAACACUAUACCUAUCACCAUAAAUAAACUAAAAAUAAUAAUUGUAUAAAAUAAACUUUGAACAACCAAUGGUCAUAAAGUUCCCGC